ACGAGAGGGCGCCAUUUACUAUAGGCCUAAUGGCUUGCGACGUGGGACCGGGACGUGCAAUGCACGUGAGCGAUCCAUACGUGAUUCACAUGAAUACAAUGUUUAAAAGAAAGCUAGAAGCAUUAGGUUAUGGUCGAGGUGAUUUAGAUAUCCGAGAUGAAACUCAUUGGAGGAAUUUUAUAAUUUGGAUCGAAGACAUGAAAAUCCGGUUCUAUGCAAUAGAAGAUCGUGAAAGCUUACGGAAAUCUACUGGUGAGCAAUGGAUCAAGACCUAUGAACAGUACUUGAAAGAUAUAGUGUGCCCGUACAUUGGUAGUGAUAGGGCAACGAUUGCAGAAUGGCUACUUGGACAUGCUGUAAGACUCGAAUAUGCAGAACAAGUUGAUAAGUAUAAAGCUGUUUCUGUUGAGAGUACUGUGAAAGGAGCAUCAUCCGAAGAUCCCUUCAAGCAUCUAAAUCCUGAGGAUCCCAACUUCAAAGCUGGAUUAGCAUCUAUUUGCAGAUUACUGAAAAUGCCAGAGCAUUAUGACCAAGAGGUCACUUUAAGAGGGGUCAGCGUUUUAAUUAGGCAAAGGUUAUCUAAAGAGGCUUUAGAAGAUGAAAGCCUUACAAGUCAAGAGGGUAGCAAGAUUAGUCUUGAAGACUGCCCUCUAGGGUUUGAUACAGGUGACAAAAACUUGAAUGAAGCUGCUAAAAUAUUACGUCUCCUACAUGUGAACGAACUUAGAGAACUUCAAACAAGGAUAAACGAAGCGAUAGUAUGUGCCCAAAGCGUAACAGCAAAUCCUAAAACAGAUGAAAGAUUAGGAAAAGUUGGUAGAUAGUAGAUACACAGAGGAUAAGGAAUACUAUACAGUAACAGAGGCUGUGAAAUUUUGCAGUGUUUUUAGUGGAAUUGGCAGUAAUAUGCAGUAGUAUAUAUGCAUGCAUAAAAUGUGAUUGAGAAAUCUUAAGUAGCAUGGAAUUAUACUUACUGGUGAAGUUUCUUUUUCGUUCAAGCUCUUAGCCUGAACCAGGAACAAUGCAUGUCACUUUAUUUAUUAACUGUAGCAAAGAAAAAGCUACCAUAUUUAUUUUCUUGAAUACCUCAUAAUAGAGAGCAUUGCUCGGGCUGAAUUUCUUUUUCCAAAUUUUAUGCCAAUUAUCAGAAAAAAUAUAAGAAAUAGGAGUUCAUUCAAUAUAGUACUGUAGAAUAAUUUGUUCAACCUUUUGAACAGGCAUUAUUUAUUGAUACUUUGAUAAGAGCGAUUUAAAGUUUUAAUUUAAUUUCUGAGGUUUUAUUAUAUUUUAGGUCAAGUAUCAUCUUUAAACACACCUACCAGUUUGUAGGACUACUACUUAAUAAUAUUAAUAAAAUAUGACACUCAUUGAAUGAGCCAAAACACAAUUGUGAUACAGUAAUUCGUUAUUUAUUCAUUAGGCCUAUGUACUUAACUCUAGAGUAAUAAAUGUCUUGUAUUUAUAUCAUACAUUCCAUUUACUGAAAAAAGUGCUGAGCUAGAAAUAAGCAUGCAUUAGUGAUAAUAAGGAGGUUUUGCAUGCGUACAGAAAACGAGACUUGUGCAUUUUGAGACUGCGUACAUGUGUGUUCUAAGCAAGAACAGAGUGCAAGGAUAGUUAAGAUUAGGAGUGCACUAGCUGAUUGUGUGUUACGAAUCCUCUCCACUAAUAAUAAAUUAUUUUAACUGAUGUAUAGAAUAGGCUUCUUGGAGCGUGUGUCUAAUGGUAUUGUGACGUAACACUGUAGUACAGUACUCUAUAACAUCCAAGAUAUUAUUUUUUUAAUUUAUAACAGAAUGCUCAUAAAAUAUUUCAGUGAAUUAAUUUUAAUGUUUUACUUCGAUGUGGGUUUUUAGUGUGCAUGAACACACUUGAAAAAAAACUUUGGCAUGAUGGAUUAAAUAAUGGAUCCUGCAGGACCUCUAAUUAAACAGAA